AUGGGCGGCCAGGACAAUAACUCUGGAUCUCAGAAGGCUCGGGAUAGUUUCGCAUCCAUCCUCAGCUAUUACGAAAAACAUGUUCCAUCUGAUGAAGCUCCUGAAUUUGUCAAAAGGGUUUCAUCAGGUGAAAUUCAGAUAGGGGUGAGGAAGGGUGAUGUUCCAUCUGCUGAACAAGGUGCAGAGUUGAAGGCGGCUCUCAGCGAGGCUCUGAAGACACAAGAUGCCAUCCAGAACCUCUCCCCCACCGAGAAGGAGCUCAUGACUAAGGCGACAGAAGCCAGUCUUCGAGCUCGAAAGCCAAAAGGCGGAAGAUAG